ACCCAACACCAUGGUUUUCAGUGUACUGCGAAAGCUCAGUCAAUUUCCAAACAACUCGUUCAUUUUCUGGUGACCUACAAAGCAUAUAAAAAAAAAACAAUUUGAGAUGUUUUACUUACAAAUCUGGUUCAAAAUGAGUUACUAAUAAUUAUUUUAGGUAAAUAUUGCAAACAGCCCAGUUUUAUAAAUAAAAUAAAUUUAAAAAAUUUGCAUGGUUUUAUAUCACUUGAUCAUUCACUCAUAAGUUUAUGAACAUGGGAAUGCCAAAAAGCAGUAGGCUAUGUACCACUUGAUAUAAAAUUUUUGCUCAUAAAUAAAUAUAUAUGAGUCACACUAGGAUAUGGAACUGAACCAUCGACCCUCAUCUUGCAACAUGAUUGUAACAACAUGAAGAUCAUGCCCAUGGAGAAUGCUUGAGAUUGAAAGUUACCCAAAACAUUCUCAGACUGAAACACAAGUAAACAGAGACAAUCCAGACCAGCUGACAAAAUUUAGAAUCUGAAGCAAAAAUUUACACCAAACACAAGAUUGGACUGAACUGAAACCAAAACAUACAACAAAAAACAGUCACCUUGUUACAUUCCAGGUUGGCCUGGCAAAACAACCCAGAAAAAUAACAAGAGACUUUGAAAAAAUUGUUGUAUGUAGUAACUUAAAAGAUUAUUUUUAAGUUAUGUCUUUUAACCAAAGUGAGUUAUUUGGUAAAGUUUUUAUUUUGAAAUAAAAAUCAUUUUCAAGCUUCAUUUGUUUAUUACUUUCUCAAAAAAAAACAACUUAAACUUACACACAGUACCAACCACAGCUCUGAUCAAAGUUCAUUAAUUGGAAACCUUUUUAUGCUGGUCGGAUUACUUUCUGAUAAAAAAAAAAUUACAAUACAAAACAACAUAGUUCCAGUUGGACUUCAGAGUUUCCUGUCUCUCGAUAUUAAAAAAAUAAUUAAGUCCUUGGGUUGAAUUCACUUAACCAGGUAUGACUUAGUACAUUCUCUUCAAGAGUUCAUGAGUUGCCGACAACGCAACCGCAAGUGGAGACCAUUGAGCAACAACUGCCUUGCACCACACAGUUACCUUCCUUACAAAGUUAGAAACAAAGGGAGGCAACCCCGUGAGCCAACUGACCAAUCACAAUACAGUAUUCAGUACCUGACCAUACAGGGAAUUUGUGCUUACAAAUUUAAUUCCAUGAAAAUCUGGAAGGGUACUUCAUACUACCGCAUGACUCGCCCUGAUUGGCUGGCGAGGUAGCGCCCAGUGAAAGUUCCAGUCUAUUGCUGUGCAGUCAUGCGCCCACGUGCUGAGUUUUUCCAACGCACUAAUGCGAGCCAUGAAAAAUAACUUGCUGGCGACAGUGUCGUGCCCAUCAUCCUUUCUUUAUUGAUCUUCUAGAAUGUUUUAGAACGUCAGUCUAUUGCCCAUAGUGUGUUUUAUAAUUGUAGAAAUGUAAUUAAUAAAUAUAAUUUUAAAUGACUAAACAAAUUAGAGUGAAAGAUUAAUAAUACAAAAAUAUUACAUUCAGCUUCAUGUAGAACCUAACCCAAAUAAUAAUAUUAAAGCACAAACAAAAUAUGUACUUUAAAUGUCUAUGCAUAAUAAAAGAAAAAUGAGUAUAAAUUAAUAAUGAAGAAAAAAUACUAUUUAAAUUAAUUAAAAUAUUAACAUAGGGCAGGAGUUAUGCUAUGUCAUAACCUAUUUAGCAAAUUUUCACAAAAUACAGGUUUUAAGCAGUUAGAAAUAAUUUUUAAGUGUUGGAAACAAACGAGAAGAGACAUUUUUGUAAAGAAAGGAUACCCCAGUGUUUUAUAAAUGUUAAAGCAACAGAUUACACUAACAUGUAGUAUUCACACAAUAAUUUUCUUUGCUGUUCUAACUAUUACACAGUAAUGGCUAACUAACCUUUUCCAUUACUAUUUCACUCUGCAGUUGUUCUUGGUUAUUUUUCAAUUUAGUCCAAGUUUACAGUUAAAAGGAAAUAUAUUUUUAAAUAUUUCGUUUAGGUUCACACGAGUUAACAUUUUUGCCCUAAAUAAGAUUUUUAUUCCUACAACAAGGGUAUGGCAAAUUUCCAAAACUUCUCCAUAGUCAAGGUGUUUUGUAUCAGGUUUGGUGAAUGUAUGGAAUGCAUACAUAAAAGUUGUCAUACAUCUGUAAAAAUAUUUACAAAACAACAUCAUUGUAAGUGUAUUUAGGAUGUAGAGUAAAUAUUUUGAUUUAGGCACUGGAAAUUUUAACCAGUCCUUUUAUCUGGAGAGGGGUAAAGGUUAUGAGAUGCUUUUAGCUGAAUGCCAGUAAUAUUGUUUUGACAGGUAAACUGUAAAUGUAAUUUUUUUCAUAUUGAUAUUUGUGAUAAGAAUAUUUUUUUUUUUGUGAAUCUAACAAGAAAGUGAUGGUUUAUUUUUUAAAAAUUAUAAUAAAAUUAUAAUACAAUUUUUAUAUAUUGAUUUUUUUUUUUAAAUUUUUCUUGACUGCUGUUUGCAUAAAGGAACAUUGUUCAUACAACAUUUUCUGUUUGAGAGGAAGUACAGGUGAUAUCUGGCACUGAAACUUUCCAGAAUGCUAUAAAAGGAUUUGUCCUGUAGAGUAGUUUUGCUGCGCAUUGCCAGUUGUCGCUUGGCAGGUGAGCCAGCAAGUGGCGUGUCGCUCAGCAGGUUACAAAAAAAAAAAAAAAAAUAAGCAUAUCGUUCAUGACACUGCAAUAUGUCGUAACCCUCAAUUCCAACCAAAUUGAAUUUUAGACAUUGUCAGACUCGUGAUUUACAUCUGCACCUUCUACAAAAAUGUCAUAUCCCUCAAGAAACUUUUGCUGUUAUAUUUUGAUGAAAAACAAAAUGUUGUAACCCCAGUGUUCUAUUACAUUUUCACUAAACAAUAAGUGAUGAAGUCAAAAAGGUUCCAGGACAAUGUUCCCUCCAGAACAUUGCUCCCAUAUUUAGCAACACAUCUGCUACUGCAGAAGAAAUCACUGCUGCUGGCGAGAAAUUCAUUAUCCACAUGUUCACUACAGAGAAAUUCUCCACCUUGAAUGAACUUCGUGGACAUCUGUAUGCUCGAACUGUGGCCCGAAAAGCUGUGACUGCUACCUUCGAGCUGGCGAACCUUCCUCCAACAAGGUCCGCAGCCUUACAACACUCGCGCAGGACUUACUUGCAGGUACGACAACUCACGUUAUAAGGUUCUGUGUGUACAGAAAAUUUUAUUGGCAAUCCUUAUCAACUGAUCAUAUUUUGACCCUGCAUUAUAGGUCCAGGAUUGGCUGGGUAAUACUUUAACACCAACCAACGGGGGCUAGCGUGAGGUUCAACAAACACUUCUUCCGAUUACCAGUGACUUACCACCAGCUCCCGAUGAACUUCUAUAUCUCAUCUCAUGUGCAUGUAGAUCUGAGUGUGGAUCAAAGUGCUCCUGCCGUAUUGCUGGCCUUCCGUGCUCUAUGAUUUGCACACGCUUUUAGGUAGAAGUUGUUGGAAUGUAGCUGAAGACAUCAAUGACGACCCAGAUCAUAUGUAGUUAGCUGAGGUAUGUGAACAAAAACUAUGUUUCUGUGUUAUUGUUUCUCGUUAUUUGAGAUUUCUUAUGAUGCCAAUAAAGAAUUUGUUAUAGUGCAUGACAUUACAAAGAAAAACCUGAAUUAAAAAUGAUUACACAGAGUAUAACAUCAUACGAGAUUUUUUUUGAGAAGCAGGAGCAUAAUUUUAAUAUCAUAAAUGUAGUAAAUAAUUAAAUCAUAUGUAAAAUUACUUACACAGUAUAACAAAGCUGUUAAUAUCUUACUAGAGCAAUGGCUCGUUAGAAGCACCAAAAGCAAAAUAUUGACGGGUGAAAAUGUCAUCCCGCCUUCCGUCAAAGUCAUAUCUGAUGGUGCACGUUGGUACUUGAGCCACGUAUCUCGGUAACUGUUUGUCACAGAGGAGUAUGAAAUACACCGUUAAAAAGCUCAAAUCUUAAGGAAUUGAUUUUGUGCAACUUAUUUUUUGUUAUUUGCGGUACUUUUUAACCUAUGGAUAGUUUUUUUCCAUAAAUUCCAUGAUUUUCGGAGAAUUGUCCAAGUUCGAUCUAUAAUAUUUUUACUUCAAGUAUAUUUUAUUACUGUGUCUGCUUAUAUAUAGCAUUUGUGUGGUCCAGUGGUUAAUUUAAAUCGAUCCCCGUGGAUGUCAGUUGAUGCAAAUAGUUUUCGGAUGUACAUUUGCGUCCUUGUGUCAUUUAGGGGGACUUACGACAUUAUUGCACGAAAAAAUUAUGUCGUCGACAUGGAAAAAUAGGGGAAUUUCAGUAUGAUGUUCUGCAAGGUGUUUAGUAUCAAUGACCAAAUUUUCAGAUUUACCUAAUUUUUUUUCGAGGUAACAACCUUAAAUUCCUGGGCUAACAGGACAACUGACAAUAACAGUAACAUUAAUAUACUAUCUCAUCCUGAAGGUAAUAUUUAUAUGCUAGAACCAGAUGAUACUGAGCUGCUUGAUUUAAUUCAAGUGACUGACAUUCCAGUUCUUGAUUCAAAUAGUGUGCUUAAAAUGAAAGAACCAAGUUCAUCUGACAAGACUAACUCUGUCACUACAGACAUUCCAUUUCUUGUUUCUACUAAUAUGCAUGAAAUGAACGAAAUAUUUGUUACUGAUCCUGAACAAAUGAAAGCAUAAAGUUCAUCUAAAAACAGUAACAAUUCUGUCAAUGCAGAACAAUUCGAUGGUGCCAAUAUGCCAACUAAUUCUGAAUCGUCUCCUUCUCCUGGUGACACUUCUUACAAACAGAAAAGAGGCCACAGGAAAAACUGGAAGAGAAAUAUAAAUAAAAAGUUGCGAAUGGAAGGGAAAAAAUACAUAGGGUACAGAAAAAAACAGAAUAAAAUUGUACAGGAUAAACCCAGAAAUGAAAGAAAGCUAGGAGAGAGAUGUGAGUCUGAAUCAUGCAAGAAAUAUGGAGAGCGAAAAUGCCCUGAUAUUUCAGAAGAGGAACAAAAUUAUUUAUUUAAGCAGUUUUGGUCGAUGUUGUCAUGGGAGCAGCAGAAAAGAGUAUAUGUUGCCAAUAAUGUCAAGAAGAUAGUACCUAAGCGGCGGUACACAUCUAAUGAAUCACAUAGAAGUGUUACCUUCAUUUAUUACUUGACAUUAAAAGAUGGGUCUAAGUAUCCUAUUUGCAAGAAGAUGUUCCUCUCUACACUAGCAUUAUGAGAGCGUUCUGUGAGAGAAUGGGUGGGCAAAUGUUCUGCAGGAAUGUGUGCUUCAGAUGAAGUCUCCUUGAAUAAUAGAAAAAGUGCCAGACAUACAUUUCAAAGAGAGCAACUCGUCCAUUUGCAUCAGUUCUUCAACAGUUUACCGAAACUGCCUUCUCAUUAUGGCAGGAUAAAUACAUCCAAGCUGUUUCUCGAGCAAAACAUAGAUUCUUUGACCCAGCUAUAUAAUUUGUAUUGUGAGAAAAUACAAAAUUAUAAUGGAAAACCAGUAAGCAGAAUCAAAUUUUCAUCAGUGUUUCACGAAUUGAACUUGUCCUUGUAUACACUUCAAAAAGAUCAAUGUGACGUGUGUGCUAAACAUGAAGUAGGUAACAUUUCUGAAGAAGAUUGGAUUCAGCACCAGAACAGAAAGGAUAGAGCACGUAAAGAAAAGGAAGAUGAUAAGGAAAUUUCUGCACAACAGCAAUAUUCUGUACUCAUUAUGGAUUUACAAGCAGUAAAGGUUGCACCAUGUAUUCAGGCCAGUGCUUUCUAUUACAAAACCAAAUUAACGUGUCAUAACUUCACAGUUUACAACAUAACGUCAAAUCACUACACAUGCUAUUGGUUCAGUGAAGUUGAUACUGAUUUGUCUGCAUCCACAUUUGCAAUCCUAAUUAUAGACUAUCUGAAAUGUCACUGUGCAAAUGAAAAACAAAUGAUUAUAUACAGUGAUGGCUGCAAUUAUCAAAACAGAAACUUUAUUUUAGGAAAUGCUUUGCUAGACCAUGCCAUCAAAAGUGGGCAGACAAUCAUACAAAAAUUUCUUGAAAGAAGUCACACACAGAUGGAGUGUGACUCCGUCCACAGUACAAUAGAACGGAAGUUGAAGAAAAGACCAAUCCAUCUACCCAGCAACUAUGUCACCAUCACAAAACAAGCAAGAAAGAAACCCUUUCCAUAUGAAGCCAAAUGGAUGGACUUUGAUGCUUUCACUGACUAUUCUGCGAAAUCCUUGCAAAGAUUGCAUAGCUUGAGACCUGAACAGAGAAAAGUAACGGAUAUCAGAUGCCUUAGAUACAGUCCAGAUGGAUGUAUUGAGUUUAAAAUUAAUUUUCAUGAAGACUUGCAAGUACUGCCACAACGGUGUAAAGUAAUAACAUCUCCAGUUCAGUGGCCUUCAAUGCAUACAGAGCCAAGAAAAAUUUCAUCACAGAAGUAUAGUCAUUUGCAGCAGUUAAAGCCUGUUCUUCCCAGAGACUACCAUGCCUUUUACGAUUCACUCCCUCAUGAAUAAUCAUUACAGUGAUUGACUGAAAAGUAGGCCCAGUGUAGACCUGAUCUGUUGGCCUAAUAAACUAAUAGUCUGCUACUGUAGUUAUAAGUAAUUUUCAAUAUUGAAUUACAGGUCUAUGUCUAAUAAUGGAUUAACAAUUUAUUUUUACAAAACUUCUAUAUCAUUUAAGGUAUUCUAAUGACAAACAUGUUGUGUUAUUACUAUUGCUGUAGACAAUGAAACAAAUUUUGUAUGUUCACUGUAACCUGCUUUUUAAUUCCUGUACCUUUGAUAGCACUGAACUAAGUCUCCUACUAGUGUACUCUAAUGACCAAAUUUUGAAAUAAAUAAUUAUUAGAGACCCGUGAAUUUCGCGAAUUCAAUGACCUCCAGGAUAGACUCCAAUAUUCUCUACACACUCGGGCAAAUGCCAACUGUUCAUUGGCUGUUGACUUGUGAGUCGUCUCGACUGGGUGGCCUGUGAUUCGACAUUUCUAUGAGUGAGGGUUUCUAAUUGGCCCUCAGUCCUCCAGAUUAACAGAGAACCAAUGACAGAAGCAGCACUAAGGUAUAAUUAUUUGAAUUUUAGCAUAACACGAAAUGAAUCCGCGAAAUUCACGGGUCUCUAAUAAUUAUAUGUAACUAGUCGUAAGCCACCUACUACUUCAAUUAUUUUGAUUCAAAAUGUCAUAAGCCACGUUAUUUAAUGGAAAAAAAUAAUGAAUUUGAUUUGUGCAAUAUUUUAAACAAAAAUAACAUCUAUUGGUCAGUAAAAUGAUUUCAUAUUAUAGUUAAUAUGUUCUUUAGAGAUCCUAACAUAUUUUUGUUUUUGUUGUAAACUUGCACUGUUUUGGUAUAUGACAUAUUGCAGUGUCAUGAACUAUAUGCAACGCGAACAAUUUAGUGCACAUUUGUCUGUGCUGUACCAUAACUUUAACCUUCUUUGGCAAAUUAAAUGAAAAAUUCUCCGACCAUAAGUAUUGGCACAUCAGCCCAGGGUAACCAUGAAAGUUCCCAAGCUGAAAUCACUUCCUGGGACCCAGUCUUACGUUACUACAAGACAUCAUUUUUGACAAUCAUUUGAGUAAUUAAUUUUGUGAUGAUUAGUGUUUCAAUGAUUGUUUAACUUAAGUGAUUCAUAACCGUCACGACCCUAGCACCAAGAGUACAUCUGGUGCCAACAGCCGCCAUCCUCUUUCCAUUCAUCUUCCACUCACUAGCGAGAGCAGAAGUAGACAUACCUCUGCUCUUGCUCUGCUGCUUGCCGUCCAUAGCAACCUCGUGGUGUGGUCCGGUCGCCUCAUUGAAUUGCUAGCGUGCAUAGGGCUGUUCAGCGAUUGUCUUUUAUAUAAGUGGACGUGUAGCAGCAUGUAUUGAUAAAUGUCAAUAAUUUUUAUUCUAUGAGUUUUUGUUAUGUGACCACAUUAGGGUAUACAGUCAAACCUCUAUCUAUCGUUUUUCAGGGGACCAACAAAAAAAUUCAGUAGAUGCGGACAUUCAAUAGAUGUGGACUUCACUCUAAGAAUUUUAAAAAAAAAUAAUAUUCCAACCUCAAAAUUAGUGUCAGAAAUAUAUCAGUUACUUGUCUUUAAAGUUAAAUCAGUUGAAAAAUAAAUACAAAUGAAAGUAUUUUUUACUUAAUUCAAUUUACACUUCCAAAAAAAAAAAAACAUACACACAAUAAAUCUACAUGGCAAUUAAAGUCUUUUUCAAUAUCCUGAAGUCUGAAAUAUGUUUACUCAUGUCAUCAAAUGUAGAGCUGUACUGAAGAAGCCGAUUUUGCCAAUAUUUAGUUGAAUCGGCAUUUCUGCCGACUUCCGAUACGCUUGUUAAUUUUCGGCCGAUAUUACUGAAAAACGAGAGACUGCCAUAACCUAAAAAUCCACAAGUAUCCUUUUCACUUUUCGUAGUAGUACUGCAUUCUUUCAGAUCGCAUUAUUUCUUCGCAACAUGUGCCAAACGUACAUAUAAAAAUUUAACAUCCUUUUUUUCAAUAAUGUUCUUUAAUUUUAAUAUGUCAUAAAUAAAUACAUUACCGUCACGGUAAAUAUACUUCUCGGUUGUUACGGUAACUGUAGUGCAAAUGUGGUAGCUAUCGUGCUUCUGUAGUAAUUAUGGUAUCGACAAAGAAUCUUUAGUUCUUUUUAUGGUAAUUAUCUUAGGAUAACAAUUGGGUUUGUACUGUAGUUAUGGUACAUCAUCCAUAUUUCUUCGUAAGGUGUUGUUCAUUUGUCUUUUCUUCAUAUUUACGUGCUCCAUUACUUGGCUGCAGAUUUAAGGUGAUUUUUACUACUGUAUACUAUCGUUACUGUUUUUAUGACGGUUUCUUUCUAAGAAAUUGUUAUUUCUGCAAAAUCUUUAUGGUUAAACGAUCAUCUAUUAUAAUUUAUAGUGACGGGACCACAUAUUUUGUACGAUCAAUGCGGACAAAACGAUAAUUCCAACAUUGGUACAAGCGGACUUUUUUAACCUUAGUUGUAUGGCAAUAUUGCCGGGACCGUAGAAAGUAUACGAUAAACACGGACAAUCGAUACAUGCGAGUUCGAUAGAUAGAGGUUUGACUGUAUCAUUUUUCCAAAGAUAUAAUUUUCAUAUGACUUUGCUUACAUUCCGAGUCUCAUGAUGUAAAAUAUGUAUAUAUCAAAUUUCAAGAAAAUUGGAUAAUAUUUAGGGGUUACACACAUUGGUCACCUUUAUCUCAAACUAGCGAAAUUUACAACAUUGAAGUGCUUUGUACUAAUGGCUUCUCAUAUAUUUCUUUAAUCUUUUGCAGGUAAUUGAACUUUAAAAUGGGAACCAAAAGAGGAAUUUGACUGCUAGAAAAGAUACCUAGUAGUGAGUUUUUAGGAGCUCGGCUCCCUUCAAAGGAACAAAUACUUUUAGUUUUUAUUUAUCAUCAAAAGGAAAUAAAAGAAACACUUUCAGAUGCUGCUAAAUCUACCAGUACUAAACUAUAGGAAGUGUGAAGGAAAGUAAAUACCCUUGUUAUGAUGGAGGAGAAUAUCCGUGCUGGUUGGUAUACAGAAGCUGUACAAAUAAUACCAAAUGUGAAACUACAGAUUCGGAAAGGUGAUCUCGUCGAGUUAUUUGACAUUUUCCGGCAAAAUGUGAUGGACAUGAAUAGUGUAACGCAAGAAGAUAAAGAAUUUUUAAAA